UGCUUAAAAGACACUGCACUGCUUCGCAUUUUGUAAACUGCUUUCGAACCAACCCUUUUGACCAUGGCCUGCAAAUUCUAUUAUUUCGGUUUCGGCAGCAACAUGCUCGCUCGCCGCAUUCACAUACAGAACCCCACUGCCAAGAGAAUCGGAGCUGGAAAACUAGAGAACUACCGCUUGGACUUUCACACAGGAUCCAAGAACUGGCUGGGCGCACCUGCCACGAUUGUGCCCACAGCAGGAGCCCAUGUCUAUGGCGCCAUAUGGGAGAUCGAUAUGUGCAAUCUGAAGGAUCUGGAUGACCAGGAGAGUGUGCCCGAUGGCGUGUAUAUUCCGAUCAGUGUGCCCGUCCUCUCACUGACCAGCAAUACGGACAUCAUCUGCCGUGCCUACCAUCUCACCAACCAGCCCCUCUCGGAGGUGCAUGGACAGAGCGUCCCUCCUCCGAGCAUUCCACUCGACCGACAACCCUCGCAGACGUACCUCAAGGUCCUGGUCAAGGGUGCCCUGGAGACGGGCAUACCCGAGGAGUACGUCAAGUGGCUGCGGGGCCUCAAGCACAAUGGCAAUCAGGUGGCCACGAUGGAGGAGAAACUGCAACUGGACCAAGUGAAACUUUCAUGAUAACAAAUACUAUAUGUACUACUGAUUGAUUCCCGGAAAUCAGCCUUCCUGAUUCCUAGCAUCAGGGCUAUCAUCCCCUACGAUACGCAGGAUUCAUUAUCGAUCUGUUAUAUUCUAAUUUGUGUCUAUUUUUGUAGAUACUCCGCUGUGAACUCUUUUCUUAAACAACUUUCAAUAACCUCUCGAGCAGAAGAACUUGUCCCAAAAACGGAAUUUAAUUAAUUUGA